AUGGCAAACCCAACCACUGGCUACUCCAUAAAUGUCAACGAUCCCAGCUUGAUUUCCCUGGUCAACAAGCUGCAAGAUGUCUUCUCUACUGUGGGCGUACACAACCCUAUCGACUUGCCCCAGAUUGUCGUCGUCGGAUCGCAAUCCAGUGGAAAGAGUUCAGUGCUAGAGAACAUUGUCGGCCGUGAUUUCCUGCCUCGUGGUUCCGGAAUUGUGACUCGGAGACCUCUGAUCCUGCAACUGAUCAACAAGACCCCUGCGCCGCAAACGAACGGAGAUAACAAGAUCGAGACGACAGAUGCCGAGUCCAAUGUCGAUGAGUAUGGCGAGUUCCUGCAUAUCCCUGGCCAGAAGUUCUUCGACUUCAACAAGAUUCGUGAGGAGAUUGUCCGUGAGACGGAGACCAAGGUUGGCCGCAAUGCCGGUAUCUCGCCCGCCCCGAUCAACCUGCGCAUCUACUCGCCCAACGUCCUCACCCUGACCCUGGUCGAUCUGCCCGGUCUGACCAAGGUGCCCGUCGGAGAUCAGCCCAAGGAUAUCGAGCGCCAGAUUCGGGAUAUGGUUCUCAAGUACAUCAGCAAACCCAACGCUAUCAUUCUGGCCGUCACCUCGGCCAACCAGGAUUUGGCCAACUCCGAUGGUCUGAAGCUGGCGCGUGAGGUGGACCCCGAGGGCCAGCGCACCAUUGGUGUGUUGAGUAAAGUCGAUCUGAUGGACGAGGGCACUGAUGUUGUGGAUAUUCUCGCUGGACGAAUUAUCCCUCUGCGCCUGGGUUACGUUCCCGUUGUCAACCGUGGUCAGCGUGAUAUUGAGAACAAGCGUCCCAUUGCCUAUGCUCUGGAGAACGAGAAGAACUUCUUCGAGAACCACAAGGCCUACCGGAAUAAGGCCUCUUACUGCGGUACUCCAUACUUGGCCCGCAAGUUGAACCUGAUCCUGAUGAUGCACAUCAAGCAAACCCUCCCCGAUAUCAAGGCCCGCAUUUCCUCCUCCCUCCAGAAGUACACUACGGAGCUGGCACAACUCGGCGAUUCCAUGCUCGGCAACAGCGCCAACAUUAUUCUCAACAUUAUCACCGAGUUCAGCAACGAAUACCGCACUGUUUUGGAAGGUAACAACCAGGAGCUGUCCAGCAUUGAGCUGUCGGGUGGUGCUCGUAUCAGUUUCGUGUUCCACGAGCUCUACUCCAACGGUGUCAAGGCCGUGGAUCCCUUCGACCAAGUCAAGGACAUUGAUAUCCGCACUAUCCUUUACAACUCCUCCGGUUCUUCCCCGGCCCUAUUCGUCGGAACCACUGCAUUCGAGUUGAUCGUCAAGCAGCAGAUCAAGCGUCUGGAAGAUCCCAGCAACAAGUGUAUCUCUCUGGUCUACGAUGAGUUGGUCCGCAUCCUGGGCCAGUUGCUGAACAAGCAGCUGUUCCGCCGCUACCCCCAGCUGAAGGAGAAGUUCCACGCUGUUGUCAUUGCUUUCUUCAAGAAGUGCAUGGACCCUUCCACCAAGCUGGUGAAGGAUUUGAUCGCCAUGGAGGCUACUUACAUCAACACUGGCCACCCUGACUUCCUGAAUGGACACCGCGCCAUGGCUAUUGUCAACGAGCGCCAGCAGGCCGCCAAGCCCACCCAGGUUGACCCCAAGACCGGCAAGCCCCUUCCCGCCCGUGCCCAGAGCCCGUCUCUCGACACCACCGGGGAGGCUCAGAAUGGCAGCGGUUUCUUCGGCAGCUUCUGGGCUUCAAAGAACAAGAAGAAGAUGGCCGCCAUGGAGGCUCCGCCCCCAACCCUCAAGGCUUCUGCCAGUCUGUCUGAGCGUGAAACUUCUGAGGUCGAGGUUAUCAAGUUGUUGAUCACCUCAUACUUCAAUAUUGUCAAGCGUACGAUGAUUGACAUGGUUCCCAAGGCUAUCAUGUACACCCUGGUGCAGUUCACCAAGGAUGAGAUGCAACGUGAGCUUUUGGAGAACAUGUACCGCAACAACGAGUUGGACGACCUGCUUAAGGAGAGUGACUACACCAUCCGCCGGAGAAAGGAAUGCCAACAGAUGGUCGAGAGUCUGGGCCGUGCCAGCGAGAUCGUCAGCCAAGUCCAGUAG